AUGGAGGGCGAUUUCAGGGAGGAACGGGAGAGCCGGGACGAGCUCGAGGAGCGGGUAAAGGCGCUAAUGGCGCUUGAUCCCGGUUCCGAGCGGGGAGCGCAACAAUCUCAAGCUGGAAGCGAACGAUUGGAGCGUAGAAGGGUCCUAGUGGUGGGGGACUCCAACGUGGCCAGGGUUGAGGAGGGCGUCUUCACGACAGUGAAGGCAGACAGGAGGGUGAGAGUGGAGGCCCAGUCAGGGAAGUGCAUGAUGGAUGCACUGGCCAAAGCUCAGGUAGUGGUAGGGGACAGCAUGAAUGGCGAAUACCUCGUCAUUAUUCAUGCUGGUCUCAACGAUGUGCUGAAGGGAAAAAACCACAGCCUUCAGAGACAGUUAGAGGGUGGGGUGCGUGAACUUAGAGAAGCCUCUGAGAGUGUACAUGUGACUAUAUGCACAAUCCCAGACGUCCGGGGGCAGUCUAGCGGGAUGGAAAGAAGAGUGGUAGAGGCUAACUGUGUCAUUAGGGGUAUGGGCCGGCAGCUUGGGUACAGCGUAAUGGAGGUAAACCAGGACGUGUACGGGCCCGGCUCUCGCCCCUUUGCACAAGAUGGCAUUCAUUACAGUGGCGCUACGGGCAGGAGGGUAGGUAAUAGAAUGGGUCGCCAAGCCACAGCUUUUUUAGGGGGACCCAGAGCCCUGAGGCCAACAGUGCAGACAAGGACGAUUUCCAAGGGGCACAAAUAUUCAAGACGCGUAGAGUCCGUGGGAGAAGAAAUCGACGUAAGCACGAGAGCCAAACUAAUUCAGGCAUAGGGUAUAUAAUAUGCAGGGUGGCAGGAAUAGGUUGAAGUGGGGAGAGAUAGAAGAGCAGCUGAGGCAGGAGGAACUGAUGGUAUAUGGGUUUGUAGAGACACAUCUUAGGGACAUGGAGCAACCACCUUGCAAUCCGGACUAUGCAUGGGAAUAUUGCAAUAGAACAGAAGGCAGCAGAAAGGGGGGUGGAAUCGGGGCAUUUAUUCAUAAGGGUGCAGGUUGGCAAUGGGUCAAGCAGGAGUGCAGGGAACAUUUGUGGCUAAAGGGAAAAGUGGCAGGGCAGAUGACGCUCCUUGGUUUUGUAUACUUGUGGACAGGAGCAAAAGCCAGAGAGGAAAACCGAGAAAUGGUGGAGUGCAUAGCAAAUGAUACUGACGAACUAGGAAAAGAGUGCGGGAUAAUUAUACUGGGAGAUAUGAACGUGCACAUAGAGGAUAUGGAUGGGUAUACUGACUCAACCGGCAAAAUGCUAAUGGAUAUGUGUGAAAGGCAUGAUAUAAUCAUUUGCAACAGUACUGAGAAGUGUGAAGGGCAGAUAACAUGGGAGGUAGGAGGGCUACAGUCAACGAUAGAUUAUGCACUGAUGUCACACAGGAUGUAUGAUAGGUUAAGGGUAAUGAACAUAGAUGAAUAUGGCUCCAGAAGCCUAGGUAGUGAUCACAAACGUAUCAAGCUGAGUUUUGGAAGAGAAAUGAAAAUAGGAAGGGGGCAAGAUGAGCAAC